CCGUUUAUAUUGGCAUUGGCGGCACCCAUCUCUCCUGACCUCCUGAUCAUCCUCCACCCUCCCAUCCUCGCUUCUGCCCUGUCUGGCCUCUUCCCGUUGCCGUCAAAGAAACGACACGAGGAGCACGGCGUCACAAUGAGCAGCAGCAACAGCAGUAACAACAAUAACAACAACAGCGCGUUCAAACUCGCCAGUAACCUCACCCUUUACCAACCCGAGUGCCCAUACGGCCUGACCGGCAAUGGCUGCGAGCAUGCUUCGUGCAAUUCCACUUAUGUCACCGCUGCCCAGCGUGUUCAGCGCUCCGAUACGACCCUGUGCACCGCCUGCCCAGAUGGCUGGGGCGGAAACCUCAACUGCAACAUCUGUCAGCGUGCUGAUGCGUGUCAGCUCCAGCAGCGAGCCACAGGGCGGGGCAGGAGCAGUAGCAGCAGCUCGAGUACCACGUCCGCUGCCACCAGCUCACUCAGUGGAGGUGGUAUAUCCAGCUCUUUGGCCCUGGCAGCGAAUGACACCGCCGUCUGCGUGAACACGCCCCGUGCCAUCUCGACGACCAAUGUGCAGUGUGACAUGAAUCAGACAACGCUCACAGGUAUCUUCCAGGGCAACUUUCAGCUCUCUGCCAUUAAGACCGCCGGCGUCUCUAAUGCAACGGAAUUCAACACAGUCGGCCUCGCUCCGUACAACGCAGAGAAUGGCACGACCACGACCCAAGUCUGGUUUAAUGGCGUCCUGCAGUGGGGCUGCCAGGCGACAAAUUGCUCCUCCUUCAACAGCACCGAUCCUGCCGACGCACCGUCGGGCCGCAAGGGUAUUGUUACGGACGUAUGGAAGUGCAGCACGCUCAACUGUGUCUGCAUACCCGGCAGCACCGUCUGCGGCAGCGGGCCGUUUGACCUGACCAACACCAUCCAAGACCUCGACGGCGAGACGACGUUUGCGUGCGAGUAUCCUUCGGACCAAGCCGCGGCAGCCAGGGCAGACAUGCAGUGCCGCUUCAGCGGGCCCUCGUUCGCCACUGCGCUCGGCCCAGGAGGCCUGCCGCUGAUCCAUUGCCAAGCCGGCGCCUGCGUCACGCAGGACGAGCUGACCAAUCUCUGGACCAAUGGUGGGACCACGACCGGCGCAUCGUCUGACGGCAUGGGCUUAAGCGGAGGCGUUAUUGCCGGGCUCAGCGUCCUCGGUGUCGUCGUCGCCACCAUACUCGCGACCAUCUUGGCGGGCCUGCUACUUCGUCGGCGCGCGGCAAACAGGCCUCGUGAUCCUCCCACCGCCGCUGUUGGGCUCGCAUGGAGCAACAUACAUUAUUCAUUCAGGCCGGCUGCUGCUGCGUCCUUGAUUCCUGCCCGCGGGAAGGGCGACACACGCAAGAAAAUAGCAGAUAGAAAUGCAGCUUCUAGCAACAGUAACGGCAACGGCUCCUCGAGAAAUAGCGAGGAAAAGGAGUCUCACGAGCUGCGGAUCGCCAUGGCUGAUGGUGGCAGGGGCAAUAUCGCAGAGACAGCCCAUGCGGGCCACAUUCUGCGCGACGUCUCCGGCGAGAUCCACCCGGGGAGCAUGCUUGCCAUCCUCGGUCCCUCCGGCGCGGGGAAGACCAGCUUGGUCGACAUUCUCGCUGGGCGAUCCAAGGUCGGUACGAUAAGUGGGACGCUCACCUUCACGCCCGACGUCGGCGUGGCGACAAGCAGCAAUCACGCUGCAGACCGAAUGGUCGCUUUCGUCGAUCAAGAAGACGUCCUACCAGCCUUCUCCACCGUCCGGGAAGCGCUGCAGCUCGCCGCCCAGCUCUCUUUGCCGGAGAACGUCCCGCGGCAUGAGCGGCACGAGAUCGUCAACCGUGUCUUGCUCAAGCUUGGUCUCGACGGCAUCGCCGAGCGCAGGAUCGGAGACGCUCAUCGGCGCGGCGUGUCAGGCGGCGAGAAGCGCCGCAUCUCCAUCGGCAUUGCACUCGUCGGACAACCGAAAGUACUCAUCAUGGACGAGCCGCUGUCCGGUCUGGAUGCUGUCAAUGCGCAACGUGUCGUCCAAGCCCUCCGCGAGCUCGCCAAUGGACCAGAGACUGGCACGACGGUCAUCAUGACUGUACAUCAACCCUCAUCGCAGAUCUACGAUGCGUUCGAUCGCGUCAUGCUCUUGGCUCAGGGUCGCGUCCUCUUCGAUGGCGCACCGCACGACGCACCGGCUUGGCUUGAAGCGCGUGGAGAACCGCUGCCGGCGAACCACAACCCGGCGGACCAUUUGCUCUCUGCCGCUUUCGGCGACAUGGGCUCGGGGUCAUCGGACAUCGACGCCCAUUCGUCACCUGGGGUUAUGAAUACGCUCAUUAGCCCUUAUCGCAACCGCAAACCCUUAGCAAGCCUGUCCACGCAAGUCGGAAGCCUCGCCUCGCGCGCCUUCCAGGCAUCCUAUCGCGACCCUUCGGGUGCGCUGGCACAUAUCCUCGGUGCCCUUAUUAUUGGCCUCAUCACGGGCGGUGCAUUUUACAAGGUUAACCUCACCAUCGCGGGGUUCCAGAACCGCGUCGGGAGCAUCUUUUUCCUGCUCCUUCUUCUCGCCUUCUCGGCGUUGAGUGCGAUGACUGGCCUAAAUCGCGCCAGACCGCUCGUGGUGCGUGAGCGAGGAAAUGGGCUGUACAGCGCUUUCAGCUGGCUCCUCAGCCAUCUAUUGUACGACCUGGUGAUGCUGCGUCUCAUCCCAACCAUCAUCCUCACCAUUAUCAUCUACUUUAUGGUCGGUCUCACGGACAGCGCCGGUGUCUUUUUCCGCUUCUUCCUCAUCGCUGUCCUCUUCAACUUGGCCACAACACUCUACUUCAUGUCGCUCGCCGCCUUUUUUGAGGAUAUGUCCAUCCCGACGCUGCUUGCCGGUCUCGCGAUCCUGUUCCAGCUCGGCUUUGGCGGAUUCUUGCUGAACCUCAACUCUGUCCCAGGCGUCCUGCGUUGGAUCAAGUGGAUCUGUCCGCUUCGGUACGCGCUCGAAGCGAUGGCGACCAUCCAGCUGCCUGGCCUACGCAUUAUCGACAUAGUCAAUGGUGUUCCCAUCAACGCGCCUGUCUCUGUCAUCGCCCCCAAUCUCUUCGGCUUUGCGGUCGAAUCGUACUACAGGGACCUUCUUGUCCUCGCGCUCGCCUUCACCCUGGGCUUCUUCCUACUUCUCGUCGGCGCAGUCACUUGGCGCAUGCGCGAAGUCCGCUGAACGAUGGGAAGCAUUGGCGCAUCGUCCCUUGACCUCGCUGCAACGCAUCCUAGGUUAUAUUGUAUGUCACGGUUUCAAGUUUUGAGGGCUGUAGGGAUGGGCAAA